GGUCGGGGUCGGGGGCGGGGCCGGGCCUUGGGCCCACCCCUGCCCUUCCUCGCAGCCUUCCCACUCGUGCUGUACGUCCACGGCGGAUACUGGCAGUUUCUAAGCAAGGAGGAGUCCGGCUUUGCCGCGCCCCCGCUGCUGUCCCGGGGCAUCGCGCUGGUGGCCGUGGGGUACGACGUGGCUCCACGAGGCAACAUGGAUGUGAUGGUGGCCCAGGUGCGGCGCAGCGUGGCCUGCAUCGUGCGCCAGUACCCCACGACCAGCGGAGUUUACCUGUGCGGACACUCGGCGGGGGCCCACCUGGCAGCCAUGGUGCUCGCCACGGACUGGCAGGAGUACAGAGUGGCACCCGACAUCAAAGGAGCCUUUCUGGUGAGCGGCAUCUAUGACCUGGAGCCCAUCGUGAGCACCUACGUGAACGACGCACUGCGCAUGACCCCAGAGGUUGCCCAGAGGAACAGUCCCCUGCUGCACGUGGCCGCAGCGACGCCUGCAACAGAGGCCUGCGAGGUGCUGGUUGCUGUGGCCCAGCAUGACUCCCCUGAGUUCCACCGGCAGUCCCGCCAGUACUUCCAGGCCUUGCGCUCGGCAGGCUGGAAGGUGUCUCUGCUGGACGUGGCCCACACAGAUCACUUCGAUGUGGUUGAGAAGCUGUCCCAGGAGGGCUACAUCCUGACCCAGGUGAUUCUGAGCGCGAUUGCCAGAGCCUGAUGGGAGCCUGCAGCUCCGGCCAUGCAACCGGCUCUCCAUGCCCUGCCUGGCUCCCCCCGCGCCGUCGGGGGGCAGGGUCCCUGCUGCUCGGAGCAGGCCCCUGCCUCCUGUCCCCCCCGCACUUUCCACCUCUGCCCCGGGGCUGCCUGGAGCAGGAGCGCCGGCUCGGUGGACCCCAGCCCCUUGCCCCGGAGCCUCCUGGUCCUGGGUGUUGCUGCGCUUGCGGGGACGCUGCCCUGUUGCCGCCGGAGCCUGGACGGACAGGACAGUCCGGCGGCUGUCGGGGCUGCCUCGUCCCGGCGGGCUUGUUCCAUCACAGUUUCCUUUAAACUUCUCUUAUUGCGAGCAUUAAAUAAAAUCUGGGCAGGAGGAACAGCUGCUGCUCUCCCGUAAAUCUCCUUCCCAAGGAACAGCCGCCUCAUCCAUCCAGGAGGGCGGACAGGGCAGACUGCUGCAUCCAUCACCUGCCUCCCGCUGCCUCCCUCCCCUCCAGGCCUGUCCGUGGAGCGAGGAGAGAUCUCCCGGGCUGGCGGCAGGAGCUGCGCACAUGUCACCUGUCGCAGAUCCCCAGCCCCCGCGGCGCGCAGGGCAGAGCCGCCCCUCGCUGGCUGCCGCUUGCAGCUCAGCUCUGCCCCUCGGGGCGCGCGGGGUCUGGCCAGGGCGAGGGGAGCAGUCAGUGCCCCUGGGGAAGGGCUUCCUGCAGCCGGGCCAGCCCGG